AUGGCAUGCGACGAAAUUCUGAAGGCUGUUUUCCCUCUGCUGGAAGGCGAAGACCUUGCUACAUGUAUGUUAGUGUGUAAGCAAUGGCAAGAGAUUGCUCGAGAUGAUUACUUCUGGAAAUGCUUGUGCGCAAAGAGAUGGCCAUCAGUCUGCAAGCGGCCCUCCCCUCCCACAGUAACUUAUCAUAAAUUAUUCAAAACCUUCUAUAAACGUCAGGAUAAACGACCUCUCCUUCCGCCGAGGCUUUCCUUCGAGGACUUGGAAUUUUAUAUUGAUAUUUGGUCCAAACAAAGCUUGAUAUUCUCAGAUGUGGUACCGGGGCUCGUCCUCCAGAAGGGAAGCUGGAUUCCACCACCCGGGAUCAGUGAUGUGCUAAGGUCUCACUUGGAGGGUCCAGAAUAUAAGAUGACAUUGCCUGUGGAGCCGAGAUUUAACAUUCCAUCUGACCAGACGGUGAGCGUCUCUGUGCUUGUAGGUCGAAAGGAUUCCAAUAAAGUUGCUUGCAUAAUAAACAAAUCAGUUUUUGAUUACAUUGAUUGGUCAGCAUAUCGCGCCCAUGCAUUUGACUACCUCGACAUCUCUCCUGCCCACCCUUUCGUGUCUGGUAUACGGGCUUGGAUCUCUUUGCUCUUUAUGGACCAUGAUAAUGAUGGUAUAAUUGAUGUGUUUGGAAUUGAAGUGGAUUUCUGUGAUGCUGCCAGCUCCGAGAAACAAGUCCUCUGGCUCCUAGACAUGCUCGAUUGGAAGUGA